AUGAAUCGUCUGUUCGGCACCAAGAGCGCGGCUCCUAAGCCCACUCUAGACGGCGCGAUCAGCAAGGUUGACGACCGCGUCGCCAGCAUCGAUGUAAAGCUCUCUGCCCUUAACUCCGAACUCGCAACAUACCAAGCCAAACUUUCUAAAAUGCGCGACGGGCCUGGAAAAAAUGCUCUCCGCCAAAAAGCACUGAAAGUGCUGCAACGCCGCAAACAAUACGAGGGGCAACGGGACCAGCUCUCCCAGCAAUCAUGGAACAUGGAGCAAGCAGGCAUGAUGCAGGAUAACCUGAAGAACGUGAUGACAACUGUCGACGCCAUGAAGACGACCACCAAGGAAUUAAAAAAGCAGUAUGGCAAGGUGGACAUCGACCAGAUCGAGCGCAUGCAGGACGAGAUGGCAGAUUUGAUGGAGGUUGGCAAUGAGAUCCAGGAGAGUAUUUCUCGGGCUUAUGAUUUACCUGAGGAGGUCGAUGAGGCGGACUUGGAUGCUGAGCUGGAGGCUCUUGGGGAGGAGUCUAUGUUUGAGACGGAAAUGGGUGAAAAUGCGAUGCCGAGCUUCUUGCAGGAUGAGGUUGCGCCACCGCAAUUCAUUGAUGAGGCACCGGAGCAGGCCAAGGUUAAAGAGGCUGCCGGCGGUCUUGGAUAA